UAAGACUUAUUAUGUACUGUUAACAAAACAUUAUUUUUAUUCUUACAGUAUUCAAAGUAGUUCAAUUAUUAUGUUCCAUAUUUUGUGUUGCUGUUGUUGUUUAAAUGUAUCUUUGUUUUUUUUUUUAAAUGUGCUUCAUCUCAACAUUUAGCAGUGGAACAGAAAAUAAUCCUUCAGAUAAAAUCUACAUUGAUGAGGAUAUAUUAAUCCAUCAAAACCUUACUGGUUUUCCCCUUCAAACAUAAACAUUUUUUCCAUUUCUGAUAACCGACUUUUGUCUUCCACCACGAAAAGCAUACCCAUGAACAGCCAUACUGUACACAUGUUAGUGAUAAUAAUUGAAUAUGAACUAAAGGAAUGUAUAGCAUUACAAAACAUUUGUAACCUGUCCUAAAUUUUUCUGCCAUUUCUAACCAACAUAACAAACCCAGGACGGAAGCUCUGCAAGAGUGCAGCUUUCAAAAUGUCAUGCUGUUUUGAGUAAAGAGGCAUGUUUUUUUCUUUUUUUUUCCAGUACCUGGGCUUGUGACUUGUUACAAGAAAAUGGGGAACCUUUUAAAAGUUGUUUUGAAUAUUGAGGAUACAGUGGAAAUAGCUAAAAAUAUUCAUAGUAAAUAUCAAUGAUAAAAAUCAAAAUGGAAAAUGUUUACCUAAAAAUAUCUUGGAAAAAAAAGUGGUGAUUAUGUUGAUUUAGUGUUUUUUCUUUUUUGCGUGCUGAAAAUUUUCUAUCUUUGAAUGAAUUGAGUGAAUUAUUUUUCACCUAUUUGUUAAAAAGAGUAGAGAUACUGUAUAAAUGCAAGACCUAUUCUAAAAAUUUAGCCAUUACAUUUCAUUAGCACAAGCAGAUUGAUAUAAAAUUAGUUUGUUGUAUAAAUCUUACAAAUGUGUUAAAAAGCAGAAUACUGAUGUUGUUCAUGAUUCAUCAAAACAACCUGUGUGUAUUUGUAGUUAGUUUUUAAAUAUGCCUAUGAAUAACUGGUUAUUAUGUUUUUAGCUAGAGGGUCUUUUCAUUUGUGCAGAUUUUAAAACAGCCCUAAUGAGAAAUAACGGUGAUAUCUGAGAAAGGACUGUAAUUGUGAAACGACAUUUACUUUGAGUCCAAACAAUUCAAACAGUCACUGCAACCAUUUUCUUAGAAGUAUGAUUUUAGACACUAGAAAUGAAUGUUUGAAAUGAAUAAGGAUUCAACCAAGACCUGUGCGGCUUCUUGUAAAAUUAGAAUAAAAGUAUUAUAAUCAGGAAACGUGACUUUGCAGUAGAUGGAAUUAUAAAACAAGAAUUGGGUUAAAUUACUUUUUCUAAAUCUCAGAGACUAAAUAUGAUAUUAUAAGAUAUAAGAAAUAAGAUUAUUAUGUCUCUGUCUAUGAUAUCUAAAAGUUCAUUAGCCUACGCUUUCCACUAUUUCAUCUUGGAGCUAAUUUUAGAAACAAUAUUUCAGUUUUAAAAUGAAUCUCAUUGGGUGACAUUAAACUCACUUUUUAAAAAAAUGAAUGUCAUUAUUUAAUUCCUAAACACAGGAACGAAAUGUAAUUGUUUCAUUAUUAAAUAUAGAUUCACUGUGGGUGGGAUGGAAUCUUUGAUCUAGCAAGUGACAGGAUAUUUCAUCCUGCCUCAACAUCUGAUUCACUGUUUCUUUCUGAACAAAGCAGCACACCUUUAGUUACACACAUCACAUCUCUUAAUCAGCACUGCCAUGCACUGUCAAAGCUCUUUCUUCAUCUGGAGCUUCCUGUCUUUGGUAACAAUUUAUCAAGAUCAUGUUGCCUCUGAAAUCGUUUGUAAACCAGGUGAGAGGGCUACACACUCGAAGACCAAAUGUGAACCCUGUCCGGAUAAUCAAUACAACCCUAAAAAAAGUUCGAGUAUAGAGUGUCAAAACUGUGAACCUUGUGGCUUGCACAGUUAUAAGAUUUUGGCCUGCACAUCAACAAGUAAUACUAAAUGUCAUUGCCGUAGUGGUUUUAUUCCUUAUGACAAAACACUGAAAAGAUGCUAUUGCCCAAUUGGUUCAGGGAUAAUAAUUUCAGAAAAUGGGUUUCCUAUCUGUGAGAAAUGUCCACCUAAAACCUUCACUAAUACAAGUAACUCUAAGUGUCAGCCACGACACGUUCUGAUAAUUCCAGGAACUACCACUUCUGACGUCAGUUCUGUAAAUGAAGCAGCUCCUUCCUCCACGCUGUCUUUUUCUCAGACAUACAACAGCACACCAACCACAGCUCCAACCACCAGCAGAAAUUACUCUACUACUUCUACCCCCGCAACCUCCAUUCCUGGGCUCCAUGACAGGAGGGCGCAUGCCAUCUGGCUGGCGUCUCCAGCAGCUUUUCUGCUUCUAAUCCUCAUACUAAAGCUCACCGGGUGUUCGAAGAAAAAGAUUGACAUAGUACGACAAGGUAGCGAGUGUGGAAAGCCGAUUGAGGAAUCGGGGGAGAAAUUUAUUCCUGCUGUCUAAUCCUUCACUUCACAUGCCAGACUUUAACAGUGCUAUGACUGAAAAAUGCCAGUAGGUAUUAUAUACCAUUGAGACCCACAGUGUUUUAGCUGCACUUUACAUUGCAAUAGCUCUGGUACAUUCAGUCUACAGUGAAUAUUAGUAACUGAAACUGAGUGGUAUGUAUUACAUGCAUCAUUUAAAGAAACUUAAUUAUCAUGGAGGGUGGUGAUUUUCCCCCACAUCAUUUAAAUGUCUGUCUUGAACAUAGCAGUAAGGCUGAAACAUUCUGAUUAUAUGUUGUACUUUUACAGUACUACAAUUUACGUAUUAGUAAUUAAGUGAUUUAUAUAUACAUAUAUAUUUUGUAUACAAUGUUUAUUUUUCUUUUAUAAAGUUUGUUUCUUUUAUAACGUUUAUGUAUAAAUCGAACUAGAAAUGCAUAGAACAUUAAGUUGUGUAGGAAUAUGUUGUCUGUUAGAACCAUCUCUGAAACUAGUCUGUAGCUGCUGAAAACGUUACUGUGAAGCUAUGACCUUUUACUGGUGUUUCCAGAAUGCUCUGCUAUUUUACCACACAAUUGUUUCUGUGCCUUGUGAUGACUCACACACUCCUGAGAUAGCAAACUUGGAUAACAAGUGGGCUAAGGACAAACUGAGAAUGCUUUUUUUCUAUUCUAUUCUAUUUAAUUCUAUUCUAUUCUGUUUUGUUUUGCGGAUGUUAGUAAAAGUGGAUUGCAUAGUCGAUAUGAAGAAAUGUUUUAGAAUUUAAAUAGGUUUAAAACAUUCUUUUGUUAUUUGGAGACAGUUAUUCAAGUAUUUGCACAGUUCAAAAUAUGUUGUAUGGUUUCAUAUGGGAUUAUGUUGUAUGAUAUUACUUGUCAUUUCUUUGACAUCAUAUGUACAUUGUUUUACAGUUUAACUACAGAACGGAAUCAUAUGUUUAUUUAGUAUUUCUUAUUAAAAUCCAUUAAAACAUGA